AUGUCGCAAGUUCCUCUGACCCACGAUUGGGCUGCCACCACCUGGGAUUGGCCGCUACAGAAUCACGACGGCGUCGUCAAGGUGAACAACACGGGCAAGACGUUCGAGGUCGGACUCGACUGCCAGUUCUUCACCCCGAAUGAGAUCGAGAUCAAGACGUCCGGACAGGAGUUGCUGAUCAACUGCCGCCACGAGCUGCGCACCGAUUCGCACGGCACAGUCGCCCGUCAAAUCCAGCGCGCCUACAAACUCCCUGAGGACGUUGAUGUGACGACAAUUAAGAGCAAUCUGACGCCGCGUGGAGUUCUCAUCAUCACCGCUAAUAAGAAA